AUGGAUCCCAAUUCCACUUUAUCGCACGCUUCGACGCUGCUCGCUCGCGCCGAGAGCUCGGGUCGGCCGCCGGUAUACAAAGCUAUUGGUAUCUCGCUGGCUGUUGCAUCUGGUGUGUUUAUUGGUAUAUCAUUCGUGAUCAAGAAGAUCGGGUUGCUGAAAGCGAAUGUCAAAUACAAUGAAGAGGCCGGAGAGGGAUAUGGAUAUCUGAAGAAUUUCUGGUGGUGGACUGGAAUGACGCUGAUGAUUAUCGGAGAGAUAUGCAACUUUGUUGCGUAUGCAUUUGUCGAUGCGAUUCUCGUUACGCCGCUUGGUGCGUUGUCUGUUGUUAUUACGACGAUUCUGUCGGCUAUUUUCCUCAAGGAGCGGUUGAGUUUUGUUGGGAAGGUUGGCUGUUUCUGUUGUAUUAUUGGGUCUGUGACUAUUGCUAUGAAUGCGCCUGAACAGUCUUCUGUCGACGAUAUUCAGGGCAUGCAGCAUUUCGUCAUUCAACCUGGCUUUUUGACUUAUGCUGGGUUGAUUAUUGUUGGGGCUGUUUUUACGGCUCUUUGGGCUGGUCCGCGAUAUGGCAAACAGAGUAUGUUUGUUUAUAUCAGCAUUUGCAGUAUGGUUGGUGGCUUGAGUGUUGUUGCUACUCAGGGGUUGGGCUCUGCUAUUCUUGCUCAGAUCAAUGGCGAGGAGCAGUUUAAGCAUUGGUUUCUCUAUGUCUUGUUUGUCUUUGUUAUUGGGACAUUACUGACUGAGAUUAUUUAUCUGAACAAAGCUCUGAAUCUUUUCAAUGCCGCUUUGGUCACCCCGACUUACUAUGUGAUGUUCACCAGUGCCACCAUUAUUACCUCUGCUAUCCUGUUCCAGGGUUUCAAGGGAACAGGCAUUCAGAUCGCAACCGUGAUAAUUGGAUUCUUGCAAAUUUGUGCAGGCGUGGUACUGCUGCAGCUAUCCAAGUCUGCCAAAGAUGUUCCCGAUGCCGCUGUAUUCAAGGGUGAUCUCGACCAGAUUCGGGAGGUUGCUACAGUGGAAGAGCCUGAAUCCGAACCCAAGGCCGAUUCUAUUCGCGGUGCGGCUUCUAUCAUCCGCCGUAUCUCUACAGCUCGUCGCACCAUGGAAUCAGAUGAAGCCCGUCGCUUCUUCCACGACAAGCACGAGGACCAUCUGAAGCCACCCGGCGAGGGUGAGAUUGUUGAAUGGGAUGGUCUGCGCCGGCGCAAGACUGUCAUCGGUGAAGGACCUACCAUGUCGAGGCCACGUACUCCGCGAACACCCUCAAUCAAACAGCAACAUCCACCCUGGGGCAUGUCACACUUCCCUACAGCUGAAGAGGAAGAAGAAGACGAGCACAGACCCACCACAAAGCAAAGUGGCCAUUCUUUCUUGGAUGGUAUCCGGUCUCGUGCUACCAGCGUGCUUCACCACGGCCAGUGGAGGCCUGUACAAACCCAGGAAGAGAAGAACACGGACGCCAAUACACAAUCGGUUGGUAUGACAGAUAUGCCUCACCACGGGGUCGCCGAUACAGAAUACCACGGAGGUGGAGGCUUGGAUGCUCCGUUCCAUCCAAAUCGUCCCCGUAGCGAUACUCCGCGAUCAAUCUCAUGGGCUGACGAAAAGCCCGACUCCCUAGCCCCGGAACCCCUCGCCAAUACUGCCCGCCGCCAAUUCUCCUUCAACACCAUGAUGAACCGUGUGAAAGCCGGCAGUGAAUCUCAAGUCACCUCACCCCGUGGCAUCCUGCGCCGGACUCACCUGGGAGGAGAUCUCCGCAAGUCUGCCACCGAAGAGGAAUCUCUCGGCCUAGUCCACGGGGACUCGCGAACUUCUCAGCCCGAAGAAGAGCCCCUGAACGAAAAGCUCGAGCGCUGGUCCAGCGGUGAAUCCGACCUCGGCGAACCCCAGCCAUUAUACACAGGCCGUCCCCACGGAAACUCAGUAUCGAGCAUGUCAACCGCAGCAUUUCCAGCCUACGAAGACAACCACCACGAUUACGACACGAACUCAAACCCCUACUACCUCCCGCACAAUCGCCAAACAACAUCUUCCCCCGAACCCAUCUCUCAUGACAACUCCACCUGGCAACAACAUCCCCCAUCAUCAGCAGGAAGCAGGACUCGCACACGAACCAACUCCUCUUCCCAAGCCUACGCCCACGCCCCACCACCUGCUCAAUCAUCCUUCUCUACACACCGCUAUCCAAACCCUCUUCCGCCUCUCCCUGAUAUCACACCAAUCAGCACAAACGAUCUCAUGCCAACUACCGAUGGCCCCGGAGUGAGAUCUGUCUCGUCCGAAUCCGCAGGCUUGACAUCCGUCUCUGGCGGUGCGGAAAGUAACGUCGAUGAUCAUCUCCCUACCCGUCGACAGAGCGGUUGGCGGAGACACAUGUCGUGA